UCGGGCGGCCGAGGUUUGUUUCCUUGAAAAGGCUCCAGGCUUCGGCUUGGAAAACCCAACCGCCAAAAUUGAGCCCAGCAGCUGGAGCGGCAGCGAGAGCCCUGCCGAAAACAUGGAGAGGAUGAGCGACUCGGCAGAUAAGCCGAUUGACAAUGACGCGGAGGGGGUCUGGAGCCCCGACAUCGAGCAGAGCUUUCAGGAGGCCCUGGCGAUCUAUCCGCCGUGUGGGAGGAGGAAAAUCAUCUUAUCAGACGAAGGCAAAAUGUAUGGUAGAAAUGAAUUGAUAGCCAGAUACAUCAAACUCAGGACAGGGAAGACAAGGACCAGGAAGCAGGUGUCUAGUCAUAUACAGGUCUUAGCAAGAAAGAAAGUUCGAGAAAUUCAAGCCGCCAUUAAGGUGUCUAGUCACAUUCAGGUUCUUGCCAGAAGGAAAUCUCGUGAUUUUCAUUCCAAGCUAAAGGUAACAAGCAUGGAUCAGACUGCUAAGGACAAGGCCUUGCAGCACAUGGCUGCCAUGUCAUCAGCCCAGAUCGUUUCUGCUACUGCUAUCCACAACAAGCUGGGGCUGCCUGGGAUUCCACGCCCCACCUUCCCGGGGGCACCGGGGUUCUGGCCUGGAAUGAUACAGACAGGACAGCCAGGAUCCUCACAAGACGUCAAGCCCUUUGUGCAGCAGGCCUACCCCAUCCAGCCAGCAGUCACAGCCCCCAUUCCAGGGUUUGAGCCUGCGUCAGCCCCAGCUCCCUCGGUUCCUGCCUGGCAGGGCCGUUCCAUCGGCACAACCAAGCUUCGCCUGGUGGAAUUUUCAGCUUUCCUUGAACAGCAGAGAGACCCGGACUCGUACAACAAACACCUCUUCGUGCACAUCGGGCAUGCCAACCAUUCUUACAGUGACCCGUUGCUUGAAUCUGUGGACAUUCGUCAGAUAUACGACAAAUUUCCUGAAAAGAAAGGUGGCCUGAAGGAACUGUUUGGAAAAGGCCCUCAGAACGCCUUCUUCCUCGUAAAAUUCUGGGCGGACUUAAACUGCAAUAUCCAAGAUGACGCCGGGGCCUUUUACGGUGUGAGCAGUCAGUACGAGAGUUCUGAGAACAUGACGGUUACCUGCUCCACCAAAGUGUGCUCCUUUGGGAAACAAGUAGUAGAAAAAGUAGAGACGGAGUAUGCAAGGUUCGAGAAUGGCCGGUUUGUGUACCGAAUAAACCGCUCGCCAAUGUGUGAAUAUAUGAUCAACUUCAUCCACAAGCUCAAACAUCUACCAGAGAAAUAUAUGAUGAACAGUGUUUUGGAAAACUUCACCAUUUUAUUGGUGGUAACAAACAGGGAUACACAAGAAACUCUCCUCUGCAUGGCCUGUGUGUUUGAAGUUUCAAAUAGUGAACAUGGAGCACAGCAUCAUAUCUACAGGCUUGUAAAGGACUGAACCUGGUUAUUUAUAUAGAUAGAAAUCUGUAUAUACACACACAUAUGUGCACACACACACUCUCUCCAUUAUCGAACGACUGACUGUAAACCUCACCACAGGUGAUGCCCUGGCCCCCAGGUCACACCCUGACUUUUCUAAAUCCUGUUUGAGUGAACUUAUUAUUAUUUUUUCAUGUGUUCUUGCUAUCAUUGUAGCUGUGAAAUUGUGAUGCAGUUUUUUGUGUAUUCCUCAGAUCUGCAACCCACAAUUCCUUGGGGAAGGUGAACCUUACCAGCCUAAACCUCUCUCUCUGCAGACCUGUUUCCUGUUGUGGUAGAAAAUAGUUCUGAGACAGAGGAUUGGCCACGGGGCAUUGACUGCCUUUAUACAAAUGUAUUUAGUUCUUUUGUUUGUUUUUCCAACAUAAAAUUCUUGUGUUAAGAUACAAGUAAAAUUAAUCUUUAAAUGUAAAUUAGUACAAGAAAACUAAGAUUCUUUAGACUUAUCUUUGUAAUUAAUUAGGGUGGAAGUUAUGGAAGAAUGUAAUUCACUAAAUUAUUUUUUAAACGAAAUCUUUCUUUCUUUUUAAAACCAAAUGUUAAACUAUAGCCUUAAGAAAUACUUGGUAGAAAUAUCCUAAUGAGACAAAUUUUUUACCUUCCCCUUCAAGGUUAAACUAAUAUCUUAGUUCAUUAAACUGUUGAAACAGGUGUUGCAAAGGAAGAAAUUGUCACCCCUUAUCCUUAACAUAUAUAGUAUAUUUAAAAAUGUAAAAUUGUAUUGUACUAAUGUGAUAAUUGAUUAUUUAAUGAAAAAGAAAAGAUGACUCUUUUUGCAAUAAGUAGAUAAUACUGAAACAAAUCUAAGCUUACAAUGUUAUAGUCUUGUGUGUGCAGUUACAUUUUAUAUGGUCAACCAAAUUUUUUUAUGGAGAAGAGUUCACAUUUGAACCACUGAAAUUUCACAGCAAAAAAUUUAAAAUUGGCAUGAAUACUGCACUGUGAGUUGCAAAGGAUGUAGAAUCCUGUGGCUGGGAGAAAACUGUCAUCAUCUGGACAAGUAGAAGGCUCAUCAGGCUUGGUCUCUGCUCCCCAGAUUGUCACUGUCGCAAGCCUCCUCACCAGCCUGUGGGUAGUUGGUUGCUGGUAACCCAACGUGCAUGGGAAGCUCUGUGUCCCUGCACGUGUGGAUAGUCCGUUCUCUGUGGUUUGCUAUUGCUCAUCACCCUCUCCUGAUCUGCAUUACAGACAUGGAUCUAUUUCCUCUGAGUCUCUUUCCUUGACAUCUCUUCAUAAGCCUCAAUGGCUCUUCAUGCGCUCUCUCUCCCCACUCCCCUCUCUCUGAUCUUUUCAAGCAGACUCUCUCAUUCUGGUAGUUCUGUUUCCAAGAGAGAUUUCACCUCUCUGAUCUGAGUAUUCCAAAGUGUUGCCCAGCAGCGUUGGUCUCAUGUGGCCAGUCUGGGGUUACUUUUCUACGUGCUUUCUCACUGGGGAAGCAAGAAAGGUUACCCCUCCACUGCCCAGGGAAGGCAAGAGGAAAGCUAGAGUUUCCUUAGACUCAUACACAUGCACACACGGAUAGGAAUAUGUGAACACAGUAGAAUAUGACAUAAACUUUUUAAGUUUAAAAAUCAAACAGCAUGGCGAAUUGUGUGUGUGUGUGUGUGUGUGUGUGCCAAGACUAUCAAGUAAAAUCCUACUUCUACUAUAUCCAGGUGGCACACACUCCUUCUUUGUUCCAACAUCUGCUCUGGCUGUGCGUCUAUGGUAUUCAGCUACUUGUGGUCUUCAGUGGUUGGGCGUGGCUGGCAUGUAGCUAAAAGAACCACACUGGAUUGACUCUUGUCUCCUCCCAGCUGCAUCCCUGGUUCCUGGGAAGACCUGAGGAGAAUGUGCAAGACUUUGUCAUUAGCAAUAUGCCUCCAUUAUGUAAGCCAGCAGGGCAUGGUUUCUCUUCAAGAGAGCUGCCUUGGUUCCCUGAAUCUAAGCCAGCCCUCAAAGAAUGGUUACCCUGGGUUUCCCCCGGUAGUCUUCAGAUCAGAUGUUUAAAGAUCUGUCCUGGGGAUGGCAUUAGUUAGUCCCUUAGGAAUGUUUCUUUAGCUUUGAUUUCCUACGUCCUUCCUCCAGAGGAAUGUCCUACUGUCCUGAGACCAGGCCCAUACGAAUGGGUACAAAUGAUCUCCUGUGGCUACAGGCCAGGCCAUCCCAGAAGGUGAUGGGGGAGAGGUCUACCACUCAGGAGUGAACUUGCCUCUCUAUACCUCCCAAGCUCUGGGGGUUUAUUUCUCAAGUACCACCUAGAGGGUAGUGGUUGUCAAUGGGGAGGGGUAUGCUUUCUCAGAAUUAAGAUAAUAUCUGUUUCCUCACUGCCUGCAUCCUCUUCUUCCAAAUGCCUUUCCCAUGCGAGGGGUAGGAAUGACUGUGAUUCACUUUUUGCUCUGAAAACAGCUAUCAAUUCUUUAAUAUAUAUAUAUUCAACCCCUCCCCUAACUUAUUUUCAUCCCCAUAUCUCAACCCCUCCCAGCUUCCUGUUCUUUCUCGCCUUUAAAGAAAGAAAAUAAUCACCAUCUUACAGUUACCAUUGCCAUGAUGAAACACCGUGACCAAAGAAACAGGCUGGGGAGUGAAGGGUUUACUUGGCAUACAUUUCUGCAUCAUAGUCCAUCACCAAAGGAAGUCAGGGAAGGAACCCCAGACCAGGAAUUAGUGCAGAAACCCUGAAGAGGUGCCGCUUACUGGCUUGCUCCUCAUGGCUUGUUUAUCCUGCUUUCUUAUAGAGUUCAAGACCAGCAGCCCAAGGAUGAUACCACCCACAGUGGGCUGAGCCUUCCCCUCUCCAUCACUAAUUAAGAAAAUGCCCUGCAGCCCCUCCCCCCCUGCCCUUUCAAGACAGGAUUUCUCUUCGUAACAGCCCUGGCUGUCCUGGAACUCACUCUGGUCUGGCCUGCCUGUGCCUCCUGAGUGUUGGAAUUAAAGGCGUGUGCCCCCACCACCCGGCUCUACAGCCAGUUCUUAUGGAGAUCUUUUCUCAAUUGAGGUUCCCACCUCUCAGAUGAUGACUAUAGCUUGUGUUAAGUUGAUAUAAAACUAGCCAGCACAUCCAGCAUGGCAAAUUCAUGCUGCCCAUAUACUUAAGGGUGUACAGACAUCCACUGGAACCACAACCACACUCUUCAAAGAAAACUGUCUUCGGCUACCCCAGAAGCUAUCAACUGUCAGUAGCUCCUCAGCCUUGGAUGGAGGCUCAUGAGCCCUUCCCAGCCUCCCUCAGUGCUGGAAUUUGCCCAGCUUGUUCUCACGGCUGCUGUGGGUUUAUGAGAGCAAUGACCCUAAGCUCCAGUACCCCCUGCCCCACCUCCUGCUUGUAACAUGAGGGCCGGCUUGUUGGGGUAUCUGUUCCCGCCUGGUACCCCACAGCCGGCAAGUCCCAGAGAAAAUCAAUCACACAGAGAUCUCUAUAAGUUAUAAAGCUGAUUGGCCCAUUAGGUCAGGCUACUUAUUAGUUCUUAUGACUUAUCUUAACCCAUUAUUCAUUAUUCUGAUCUAUGUUAGCCACAUAGCUUGGUACCUUUUUCAGCUGUCAGCUCACAUGUUGCCACUUCGGUGGUCUGGGCAGGAGUGGCAGAGGGAGCUUCCUGCUUCCCAGAAUAUUCCUGUCCUCAUCGCCCUGCCUCUACUUCCUGUCUUGUUGACCCACCUAUACUUCCUGCCUGGCCAAUCAGCGUUUUAUUAAAAUACAUGAUUGACAGAAUACAGAUAAUUCUUCUGCACCACCUGCUCUCCCAGUCUUUCUGUCUAUAGGAGUCUUCUGGAGUGUCCCUGUCUAAUCAAUACUCAGUUAUCCCAGACUCGCUUUAUCUCCCACAUGAAAGCCUUGGGUGGGAUUGCGUCUACUCCUUCUUGGCUCCUUCUCUCUUAUAACUCCCUUGCCGAGUCCUGUCCUCUCUCUUCCCUCACCCCUCCCUUCUUAGUGUUGUCUCACAGUGGUUCUAGGACAGCUCUGUCAGGGACAUAUGUAGGCAUCUUCCUUGCUCACCACCUAGUUUAGAAGCCAUCUUUUCAACGAAGAGACCUACAUGUCCUGAGACCCCCACAGUCCAGCCAACUAGAGUGAGGGACAUUUUGGCUAGUUCGCUGGCCAUUGCCCUGUGCACUCUCAGAGGGUUUUAGAAUCCGUGGCCACUUUCACAGUUCUUACAGCUCAUUGCCCGGGGUUGCGCAAGGUUCAACCUUACGUGAAAACGGCUGCCCUCUCUUACUUGUCGUUAGCAUAUUGAUAACCAGUUUUUCUCCUCUCAUCCUGUGAAAGCUUCUCUCCUAUAAGCCUCUUUGUGGGGGAAGGGGGUCAGGGUGCUGUUCUUCAGCAUCCUCCCUCCUCCUGUACAGCUACCAUCUCUUUCCAGUCACCCUUUCUCUCAUCUCUUGGAAAGCUGGGUACAGCUAGCCAACACCUUCCCUGUAGCCAUCUGACUUCCAUUUAAAGAGCAUUUCUGUUUUGUCCUGUAGCCCUUACCUUACCGGGACUUAAAAAGAGUCGUGCGGCCCCCCCCCCCCCCGGUUUGGUUCUCACAAGCUCCCACUCUUCCUCGUCCUUUAGUUGUUGGGGUUGUUGGGGUGUGUUUCCUUGGCACUGCUUCAUACCAGCUGUUGUGUCUCUUCCGGCUUUCGGGAUGGAGUGGACCUGGGUCUGUUCAGGAAGGUGGCUCUUACUCAAGCCAAAAGAGAACACAGUUCAUUCCCCUUCACACAGCGGGUGAGAGGUGCCUGGUCCAGAGCCUCCCGGCUAGUUAGUCACAGACAAGGGUGAGGGCUUCUCUUCCUUCUUCAGCCUCUUCUGGGUGGAAGCCAUCUUUCCUUGGUGCUCUGUGCUUAAGUGGUCCCCGAGAAUGCAUGGGCAGGGUCAUUUCAGAUCCCCGGGAGCUGUCCGGGGACCAUAAGCAGAUGGCAAGUCUGAUGCAUCUCUACACUUCCUCGGGGGACAGUUCUCCAGCCACAGGCUUUGAGUCAAAUUUCUGUUUGCCACCCAUCCCAGCAGCAGAGUCCUGCUCACACACCAGCCAAAACAGAACCUUUGGUGUUGAAAUUCCUCAAAGGACUUUUAGAUCCAGGUCUUCAUUAGGCUUCGAUACCAUGGUGGCAUUAGCCACUGUUUUUAUACAACCGCAACUAUUGAAGUCACAUGACGGUCAGUUUUACAAACCAGGUACCUGUAAUUUGUAUACUUUUUGUAUCUGCUCUGGUAUACCACACCUGUCCUAAGGAAGGGUAGAAUAACUAACUGUGUGUCGGGGUCCUCACCUGUGACGUUAGGAGGAUGCACGAGUUGCUGACUUCUCUGUUGAUGUUUCUGUGGCUAAGCCCUGCACGUGUCUUUUCUGAAAAGCCUUAAAUCUUGGAGAUGUCACGUCGUAGGGUGUCGGUGUGACAGGCUGCCUGGGAACCGUGAGCCCUUCUGUAAGCUGGAAGCAUUUCUCUUACUACUGUUACUUUUCCUUUCCUUUAAGGGAGUUUUCACUUCCCAGCUGCCAAAGCCUCCCAGUGAAGCAGUGCCUUAGUACUACCUUAGUAGCCGCCAGCCUUUUCUCAAGCCUCUUCUCGGUGUCCAUUUGCUAAUUGGCCCAGAUCCGAAGCAGGACAAGCCAAAUCCUUCUUAUUUUUGUUUCAAAAGCCCGUUUUUAAAUCCAGCUCUAUAGGAAGCUGAGGACUUGGUUUCAGACAAGCCGAAUCGGAACCCAAGUCCGUCCUUUGACCUUGCUCUCACAUCCGUAUCCAUACCAAAACUAAAGGCUGCCACUCCGCAGUUUACCAUGAAGAGUGAAUUGUACUUUUCAUUGAUGCCUUUUUAAAUUCAUGACCAAAUACUUAGCUAUUUGUGAAUCUUCUGCACUCCCGCAUGAAAGUGCCUUUGGCUCGAGAUUCCAGCUUAGAAAGUGCCACCGUAAUAACGACAAUUUGUAGAGAGACCAAAAAUAUUUUGAGAUCACCAUAAUGCCUUUGGUUAACCGGGAUGAGUAACCAAUCACAGGCCUCUAUCCACGAGAGCACCGCGUGGUCCCUGCCUGCUGUGAGUCUGCCUGCCAGUGGGGACCCCACCACCACUCACCUAUAGCACAGUGCGGCAGCGGGGAACCCCGCGAACUGUUGUGUCUGUGUGUGCCGACUCCCCCCACCUCCCACUGCCCGGCAUGUCCGUCAGCUGUCACCCAGCUCUGCAUCCCUGGGAAGGAACUCGCGCACAAGCACCCGAAUCCCGGCCAGCGGACAGACACCACGGCUUCGCCUUCUCCCUGUGUCCGUGUCCAGUCUGUGGGAUGACAGUGCGCGCUUGCCCGCUUUACACAGCGAUACCGUUCGGUUGUUGGAAGCCUCGCGUUGAGAUGACAGUGCAGAACAAAAAUUAAAAAUGGGUUCAUUAGGGUCAUUGCAGUCGAAGUGUCUCUGGGCAAAUUUUCUGGCUCCGGAUGUCCGAAUGUGCUGUGAGAGACUUCCAAAGAGCACAACAUUUGCAAUUUGGCAUUUUCAAGAAUGUUCUAGUCCUCAGAGAGCCAACUCUUUGAAGUAUGUGUCAGCUUAGAGUAAAAUCUUUGUGCAUCUGGAAAACCCUACAGUAAGGAAAAGGACAACGGAGGCAAAAAGGAGCCAGGAAGAAAAAUAGUUUGCUUGGUUUUUUUUCUUCUCUUUUCCUUUCUUUUUUUUCUUUCUUUUCUUUUCUUUUCUUUUUUUUUUCCAAUUCCUUUGCUGAUGUAAGUGUAAAAGUAAUGACAGAUAACUUUGGAAGUUAGCCUCGAAACACUACCACAUGUGUUCUCUCUGUCCUUCCCUGGUGUCUAAGAAGCAGCCGCUCUGGGCUCUGAAAUCACAGAAGUGAUUUGUAUCCACCCCAAGUUGUAUAAAAGUCCUGUUUGUUUUGUUUUUUUUUAAAAAAAAACCAAUUAUCAAAUGGAAAGGAGAAUUCCUUAGUACAGGUUAGGGUUAGUUGUCUGGUGUCUUGGACUCCUCCCUGGCAGGAACACACCACAACUUGAAGAAAUGAGUCAAACGUGUUUCCUUGUGCCUCCUCCUAGUCAUUGCUGUCUUGUUUGGCGGUAGUUGUCUCUCCUAAACUCUUGCUUAUAUCCUUAAAAAUGAAGGUUUUGUGUUCUAAAUGUACUGCAUUGCAAAGGGUAGGCCUCACUGAAGUCAUGCGCCGUUGACUAAGAUAUCUGUAUUUAUUGCGCCUUCCUUACCUGUUUUUCCUGUGAAUCUGCAUUGGGUUCCUGUGCCCCACACUACAUCGCUUUAGGUAGAAGCAGCAUUUGUGUUGUGUCCCCACCCUUGUCGUGACCAUAGGGUCAGAUCCCACGAGGCUGCAGCCUUGCUCAGCCUGGCCCUUGUUGGUUUUCACCAUGGACAUUCUAUUUCCCCUCCUUCUUAGAAAGGCGGGCAGAAUCCACACGUCCCAUCAUUUUGGAAAACCUGUCCAUGAGUUUUGUGUUUUUAUUUUUCAAAUUAAUUGUUUUCUGUGAUUAGUUUCACUGUGUAAACUAGAUAUUAACUGCACUUCUUUAAAAACAAUGUACGUCUCCUGUUACCUCCUUGAAAGAUCAACUUCUCUAGGCCUUUUUCAGUGGGCUUAUGACUUCAGACAAGGAAAAAAAUAGUAAAAACAAAAACAGUACGUGCCUGAAAAAUGACAAAAAAAAUCUUUUUUUUUGGUGACGUUUAAAAAACCUGAAAAGCCUUGACUUCUUUGAUACGCUCGAAUUUUAUGAAAAUUGGUUUUUGCCUCGUGUGUUUGUUCCCGUUCUAAGCGACUUCAUGGCUUCUCUGUUGUCUCUUGUGUAAAGUGUAUAGGAUGGGCUUGUGGCGUAAGCGUUUCAUCUGGUCAGUGGUUCCUUUGAUAUUGUACUGCUACUGGAUCUGGAUCUUCCGGAACCUGAGCCUUUGGGUGACUAGGUCCUCUUUGGGGAGACCACAGAGAAAGAGGUAGAGGGGCUUAUCCACGUUUUCUUAAACUGUUUGCAGAAACUUUCAAAAGGCAUUUGGCUAAAGCUCCCGGCAGUACAGUAUUCUUGUAUUCGUUAACGUUUGUGUUUAGGUACUGGUACCUUUUUGUUUAAAAAUGUUGUAAGUGUUGGCUUUAAAGUGAAUUUAUCUUUAGUAUGAUAGUUAUAUGAAAAUUAUAGGGUUUGUGUGCAGAGAAUUUUUUUAUAAAGUGCUUUGUAAAAAAAAUGUAUUCUAGCUUUCGCGGUACAUAUGUGUGAUAACUUUAAUAUCCAUGACAGUUAAGUGCAAUUAUUUCUUCACUCUAAAAAUGCUAUUUUUGUGUCAGUUCCUGCAGGUGUUUUCAUGUCUUUGCAAAGUGACACAUUUUGAUGCCUUCUUGAUAAAGUGGUAGACAUUUUGUAGCUUUCUAGAAACUUUGUAUCCAUACGGUAUCAAUGAAAAAAAUAAAGAAAAUGAAAGUGUGGGUUA